CUUGACCCGGAAAUACUACUAAAAUACCCACGUGUGGACUGCCUGUGAUAACUGAGGCGAACAUGCUUAGUGAAGCCAUCUAAGGAAAGCAAGUAAUGACAUAGCUACCCCUGUUGUAGGAAAAGAAAUAUCAUUGGAUACUAUAAUAUAUUACAUUUAAAGCUUUCGGGAGACACAAAAGAAAGGAAACGCAAAUGAUACCAUGGAGAAUUUAGAGCUGAGUCUGUCAUCACUUGGUAUCAUCUCGAAACACGUUGAAAAAAGCAGCAGCGAUUUCGGCACGUACUUGGCAAAGCAGGUCUGGAGUCGACAGGACCGCCAGUGCAUCCUCGGCUGCCUAGCUCAGUUACUGCUCGACAAAGAAUACACCCUUCUCAUCGGACGGCACCUGCGGCCCCUGGUUUUGGAGCUGCUAGAAAGGAACGCAGAGAAAAUCAAAGCAGAUGGUCGGAUCAACCAUGAUUUGCACGAAAGGCUGUGUGUGGCCCUCGGCAAACUCCUGCAUAUCAGUCCCGAUGCUCUGCCCUUUGCCUUGCGAUAUUUUGAGGAGGCGCCACCCGUGUUUCAGAGGCUGUUUUUUACCAGCGCGGAAUCUGGCGCGGUCUCGUAUGGACCCAAGCGCAUGAAGCUGCGGGACCUGAUGGGUGCCACCCUCAAGUUCCUGAAGAGCGACUGUGCCAAGUUCAGAGAGCUGUGGAACUGGAGUGUCUGCGUCUCACAGCUCCGGACCAGCGAUGUCAUGGUUAAAUGGUAUACCGCACACUGUUUGGCCAUGGUUCACGAAUACACCCUACUAAGCCUGGAGGAGGAGCAGCUGCAGAAUGUUGAAAAAGCCCUAAUGCUGGCCAACCCAGGCACUCCACCCACACACCAGGGAGGGAUCGCCCGGGACCGGGUCGGGCCUGAUGACCUGUCCCAGAAUGUCGUUGCAGUCUGUGGGGUUCUGCUACCAAGAAGGGCCCUCGGGAGCCGAGAGCAGGGCCGUGCGAAAGACAUUGUGUUGGUGGAUUCUACCUGCCAAAGCCUGCAAAGGCUCGCUAUGGCUGUUGCCUCCCAGAAGGCUGUGCUGCUGGAAGGGCCCAUUGGAUGUGGCAAAACCGCUCUGGUAGAAUACCUGGCUGAAGUGACUGGGCACCUAAAGCCUCCAGAAAUUCUGAAGGUGCAACUUGGAGAUCAAACAGACAGCAAGAUGUUGCUGGGAAUGUAUCGCUGUACGGAUGUUCCUGGAAAGUUUGUCUGGCAGCCUGGCACUUUGACACAAGCUGUAGCCAGUGGUCACUGGAUCCUCCUAGAAGACAUCGAUCAUGCCCCUUUAGAUGUGAUCUCUGUGCUGAUCCCUCUGAUGGAGAACAAGAAACUCGUGAUCCCCGGCCGCGGAGACUGUAUCGAAGUGGCCCCGGGCUUUCAGUUCUUUGCAACAAGGAGGUUGUUGAGCAGUGGUGGGGGCUUGUACAGGCCACAGAACAGCCACGCAGCUCUUUUGGAUAAACACUGGGCCAGGAUACAGCUCACCAGUAUGAGCCAAGAGGAACUGAAGGAGGUGAUGCUUAAGAGAUAUCCUAAUCUAUCCAUUGUGAUAGACCGACUUCUAGACAUCUUUUGCCAGUUGACUGGAGACAAACGCGAGUCUGAAAAUUUCUCCUCAUGUAGCAAAGGGAGUCAUCCGACUGUUGACAUGUUUCCAACCAAAAUGGAGGACAGAGGAGCAGGCCUUGAGGGCAGAGGCUUGUCUUUGAGAGACUUGUUGAAGUGGUGCGAAAGAAUUGCCAAUAACUUUGACAGCACUUCAUCCUCCACUGCACUCAAUGUGUUCCAAGAGGCACUGGAUUGUUUUGCUGCUAUGCUGUCUAAUCCCGAGAGGAGGCAGAGAACUGCAGAAAUCAUCGGGAGCAAACUCAACAUUUCAAAAGAAAAGGCGGAACACUUCUGCAAGAUGUACAAGCCAGCGAUUAGGCUGUCGGAGAUGGAAGUGGCAGUGGGCAGAGCCGCGGUUGCCCGCAAACAGAAUGAAGCAAUCCGUCUCUACGUAGAGAAGCAGACAUUUGCAGCCACUCGGCCUUCGUCUGUUCUGCUGGAGCAGCUGUCGGUGUGCGUGAACAAAGGUGAACCCAUUCUGCUGGUGGGAGAAACGGGAACUGGCAAGACCUCCACAGUCCAGUACCUUGCAGGCAUCACAGGCCACAGGUUACGGGUUGUAAACAUGAACCAGCAGAGCGACACGGCAGACCUCUUAGGAGGGUACAAGCCAGUGGACCAUAAACUGAUUCUCCUGCCCCUGCGGGAGGCCUUUGAGGACUUAUUUUCCCAGACCUUUUCCAGGAAGCAAAACCUGACCUUCCUGGGACACGUCAAUACCUGCUUCAAGGCGAAGCGCUGGCCUGACCUGCUCAAGCUCAUGAAUCACGUCUGUAGGUCAGCCAUCAGCAAAGAAGUGAGCAAGAAAGAAAACGCGGUGCUGCUGAAGGAACAGUGGGAGGCCCUUGCUCUGAGGUUAAGCCAGGCCCAGCAACAGAUUAAAGUGUCCGAAUCCGCUCUGGUCUUCGCCUUUGUGGAGGGUACCUUGGCACAAGCUGUUAAAAAAGGCGAGUGGAUCCUGUUGGACGAGAUUAAUUUAGCAGCAGCUGAGACCUUGGAGUGUUUGAGUGGCUUACUGGAAGGAACUGCAGGAUCUCUGGUGCUCCUGGACAGAGGAGACACAGCUGGGUUCACAGAGCUGUAUGUGGAAGAACUUGAAAACGAGACCGAUCUGCGCGUCCUUGUCUCGGACUACCUGAAGGGUUUGAAUGUGAACAAGACCACUCUCGGUGGAAUCAUAAGCUUUUAUCUGGCUGUGCGCAAAGAGGCAAACUCCCGCCUGGUGGACGGAACUGGACACCGGCCUCAUUACAGCCUGCGGACCCUCUGCCGAGCUCUGAAAUACGCAGCUUCCAAUCCCUGCCACAGCGUUCAGCGCUCUCUCUACGAGGGAUUUUGCUUGAGCUUCUUGACGCAGCUGGACAGAGCUUCCCAUCCCCUCGUCCAGAAACUGAUCUGUCAGCAUGUCCUUGGAGGCAACACCAAGUGUCUGAAACAGCCCAUUCCAGAGCCUCCCAAGAAAAACUGUGUCCAGGUGGAAGGCUAUUGGAUUUCCAAGGGGGACAUGGAGCUUGUGAUUGACAGCAGCUACACUCUCACCCCCACUGUGAAGCUAAACCUUAGAGAUUUGGCCAGAGUCGUUUCUGCUGGGACACAUCCCGUACUCAUCCAGGGAGAGACCUCGGUUGGGAAAACCAGUCUGAUCAAAUGGCUGGCAGCCUCCACUGGAAACCAGUGUGUGAGAAUCAACAACAUUGCCGAAACGCAGGAAGUCGUGAAAGCACAUCCCAGAUUCAUGCUGUUUGCCACUCAGAACCCCCCUGGACUCUAUGGAGGCAGAAAGGUGCUGUCAAGGGCUUUCAGAAAUCGCUUUGUUGAGCUGCAUUUUGAUGAGCUUCCCAGCGCCGAGCUAGAGAUCAUCCUCCAUAAGAGGUGUAGCUUGCCCCCUUCCUACUGUAUCAGGAUGGUUAAAGUCAUGCUGGAGCUCCAGUCCCAUCGCAGGGGGUCCACGGUGUUUGCUGGGAAGUACGGCUUCAUCACCCUGCGGGACCUCUUCAGGUGGGCAGAGCGAUACAGGCUUGAGGACCAGACUGAGAGCUCCUAUGACUGGCUUCAGCAUUUGGCUAACGAUGGUUUUAUGCUGCUGGCAGGCCGUGUCAGGAAACCUGAAGAAGCGAAGACCAUCCAGGCCAUCCUGGAGAAGCAUUUCAAAAAGAAGGUGAACCCAGAAGCUCUUUUCUCGGAGGAGGGCGUGGCAAGGCAGUUCGGUAAUGGUGCGCCGAACGUGGCUGAGCUGCCCGAGGAGUUCCGCCAUGUCGUCUGGACUCGGGGGAUGCGCAGGCUGGCCGUUCUGGCUGGACGGGCCCUGAGAUUUGGGGAGCCGGUCCUCCUCGUUGGGGACACUGGGUGUGGUAAGACCACUAUUUGCCAGCUGUUUGCAGCUCUGGCAGGACAGAAGUUCUUCUCCGUGAAUUGUCACCUGCACAUGGAGACAUCAGACUUCCUGGGGGGCCUCAGACCUGUUAGACACACAAGCAAAGAGGAGGGUGAUGGUGAAGGCACACGACUGUUUGAGUGGCAUGACGGCCCCCUUGUACUGGCGAUGAAGGAGGAUGGCGUGUUUCUCCUGGAUGAGAUUUCAUUGGCAGACGAUUCUGUACUAGAGAGACUCAACAGUGUGCUGGAGACUGAGAAGACUCUGGUCCUGGCUGAGAAAGGCAGUGGAGACAAUGAUGACGUGGAGCUGAUUACAGCGGGCAAGAAAUUCCGUCUCUUAGCAACCAUGAACCCUGGGGGAGACUUCGGUAAAAAAGAGCUCUCCCCAGCUCUAAGGAACAGGUUCACAGAAAUUUGGUGCCCACAAAGCAACAGUCGGAGCGAUUUGGUCCAGAUCAUUCAACACAACUUGAGGUCUGGACUUUCUCUGGAUCAUAUCAAUCAUCAAGGAAGAGACAUUGCAGAGCUCAUGCUAGACUUCAUAGACUGGCUGACCCGCCAGGAAUUUGCACGGCGCUGUAUCCUAAGUGUGCGCGACGUGCUGUCGUGGGUGAACUUCAUGAACCUGGUGUCUGAAAAGACCGGCGCACAGCCCAGGCUGACGGACGCAGACUGGGACCUGAAAGUGGAUCCAGUGACUGCGUUUGUACAUGCGGCUUGUCUUGUGUACAUUGAUGGAAUUGGCUCAGGCACAACAUCCCCUGCAGCAGAAAGUGCUUUUGUGGUUCGGAGAGCAUGUCUGGAUUUUCUUCACAAGAAGCUGCUCAAAUCUGUGUCCCUGAACGAAGAAAGAAUAAGCGCGCUCCAAAUUUACGAGACCACUUCGGCAAGAAAACCUACGUGGGGAGAGAAUUGUUUUGGGAUCCAUCCGUUUUACAUAGCAAAGGGCCCGCUGCGUGACGCUGGCUCUCCGGCGGAUUACGCUCUAGCUGCGGGAACCACUGCAGUGAACGCGCAACGGGUUCUGAGAGCGCUGAAGCUCAGCAGGCCUGUCCUGCUGGAGGGAUCGCCAGGGGUUGGCAAAACAAGCUUGGUGGCGGCUCUGGCAAAGGCUUCUGGGAACCAUCUCAUUAGAAUCAACUUAUCGGAGCAAACUGACGUGACGGACCUGUUCGGGACAGACCUGCCUGUGGAAGGGGGAAAGGGAGGAGAGUUUGCUUGGCGUGAUGGCCCUCUACUGGCAGCCCUGAAGGCUGGUCACUGGAUCGUACUGGACGAGCUGAACCUGGCCUCUCAGUCAGUGUUAGAAGGGCUGAACGCCUGUUUUGACCAUCGAGCAGAGAUCUUUGUGCCCGAGCUGGGGAUGAGCUUCCAAGUGCAGCACGAGAGAACCAAGAUCUUCGGCUGCCAGAACCCUUUUGCGCAAGGCGGAGGCCGGAAGGGCCUGCCCAAGUCCUUCCUCAACAGGUUCACGCAGGUAUAUGUGGACCACCUUUCAGAUGAAGACAUGGAAUUGAUCGGGCAGUUUGUCUUUUCUGCCAUAGACCACCACAUCAUUUCCAAAAUCGUGCAGUUCAGCAGUCAGCUGGUUCGGGAAGUGUCUGUUGAGAGGAAAUGGGGCCAGAGAGGAGGCCCCUGGGAGUUCAACCUCCGGGACCUGUCCCGCUGGUGCCAGCUGAUGCAGGCCGAUCAGUCGCCGGGCUUCUGGGACCCAGGGAAGCACGUCGGGCUGGUGUACGCCGACCGGAUGAGGACCGAGGCAGACCGGGCUCAGGUCCUGUCUGUAUUCAGGAAUGUUUUUGGUGAAGACUAUGUGCCGUACACUGGCUCUCUGCAGUUUCACCUCACUCCUCUCAGUCUUCAGGUUGGCCAUUCCGUCCUCUCCCGCGGUGGCGGCGGCGGCGGAGGCGGCAGCUCCCUGCGCCAGGAGCUGCCCCUGUCCAUCCUGCACCAAGCCCUUCGGCCGCUGGAGUCUCUGAUGAAGUGCGUGGAGGUGGGCUGGAUGGCCAUCCUGGUGGGCCCAGCAGGUAGCGGGAAGACCAGCCUGGUCCAUCUGCUCUCACUGCUGGCCGGUCACAAGCUGAGAGUCAUGGCGAUGAACAGCGCCAUGGACACCACAGAGCUGCUGGGUGGAUUCGAGCAGGUGGAUCUCAUGCGACCCUGGCAGCAGCUUUUGGAGAGCGUGGACUAUGUUGUUGCUGUGGUAACCAGAAGAGGCCUUCUGUCUCUAGACGAGGCUGUUCCGGACACGGAGCACCUGUUAAAGAAAUGGAGUGAUUUCCGCAAGGCCCAAAAAAAAGACCAGCAACGGAGUGGAGUCAGUACUGAGGCCCUCAAUGAACUGGAGGCCAUAAUCUCGUUGUUGCAGAAACUCAACACCAAGCUAAAGGUUUUUACAGACAUGUCCAAGCUGGUACCCAGUUUCCUGCAGUUCAAGGAGAAGCACCGUCAGGUCGUGGGUGGUCACCUUCAUGGUACUUUUGAGUGGAUUGAUGGGAUGCUGAUUCAGGCCCUCCAAGCGGGUGACUGGCUACUCAUGGACAAUGUCAACUUCUGCAGCCCCUCCGUGCUGGACCGCCUGAACGCCCUGCUGGAACCCGGCGGGGCGCUCUCCGUCGGCGAGCGCGGCGUUAUUGACGGGACGACCCCCACCAUCACGCCGCACCCCAACUUCAGACUGUUUCUCACCAUGGAUCCUGUCCAUGGAGAGAUCUCCCGUGCCAUGAGGAAUCGAGGAGUGGAGAUCUACAUUCCCGGAGAGAGCGAGGGAGCCCCCUGGGACCCCCAGGAUCUGAAGACAGUGCUGCAUGCGGCUGGCGUGACGGGAGACUGCACAUGUAACCUGCUGUCUGCGGUGCAUGUGGAGAUCAAGGACACCAUCUUGGGCUCUCCAGCCUCCUCGGUCUCCUCUUUGCUUCACGCUGCUGCCCUGCUGAACAGCCAGCUGCAGAGAGGCCGGAGCUUGCCCAGCGCCCUCCAGCAGGCCUGCAGAGAAGUGUACUCGCUCUCCCAGCGAUCCCCAUCCAGCCAGAAGCAAGCGGCGGCGAUCAUAGAGAAGCACGUCUCGACCAUGGCCUCUGACGCGUCCUGGGGAGAUGGCCUGCUGUGCGCUGGUGUGUGGCCAGACGGGAUCUCCUCAGCCGUGCAGGCAGCUGAGGACUCCUGUUUCUCCACCGUCCGGAGAGAUGGACAGGUUCUGUCCUUCUGUCUGUCCACGCUGAGCCUGGCGGGAAAGAGGACCUGUCCCCUGAGCCUGAGCGACAUGCGGAGAGCCCUGCAGGGCGGCAGUCUGGAGGGCCAGGUGUUUGUGGGAGGGGGCGAGGCGGACCCCGAAGGCGAGGCCCUCCGACGCCUGCCAGCAGCCGUGAGGCUGGUCACCGAGAGGGCCUCCCACGGCGACUGUCUCCUCAGGGCCAGCUGGCUCUCUCACCUGUCCAGGAGCCACAAACACGCCCCAGAUUUGGUCCACAUCCAGCUGGAGGCAGGGGUCAAGGCUCUGAAAGCAGCUUUCUCCAGUAAACUGAGUGAAGAGGGCAAACAUCUGAUCGGCCUCCUGCAGUCCCACGCUAAAGAUGACAGCAGGGUUUUGUUGGACAUGCGGUGGAACAAACAGUACCUGGAUAUUUUAACAACCUCUUUCAACUUCGGGUCUCAGGAAAGCUACAUGGAGUACCUGGAGUUCCUGAAUUCAGUAACAAACAGGAUGAUUCUUCUAAUGGACAGAGAGGAGCAGGCCCAUAAAGAACAGGUGCUUCUGGGUUGUCUUGCUGCUAAGAAAUCCGCUCCGAACAGUGCCUUGAGAUUAUCAACUGCCUUCUGUAAAGGGAGAGUAGACUUUGGUCACCUGCCUCAUCCGGUGCUGGCCCACCUGCGCUCUUUCUUUGACCGGUGGGACGCCUGCGUGCUACAGUGCGUCCGGGCUAGUCAAGACACGCUGCUCGCGGACGAUGUGAUGUUUGAGGUCCUGGGCCUCCUGCAGUGGCGAGACCGCUUCUGGGCCGUCUCGAGCUCGGUCGCGGCAGACCCUCAGGGCAUCGCCCUGCUGUCGCUGCACUGGCAGUGGGUGCAGAAACACCUUGUCGAUAAACUGCCCCGGCUCCUGGUGGGACCAAAUAAGUAUGAGUGUGAACAGGAGGUUCAGUCAGUAUCUACAAACAUUCAGAAAUUACUCUCCAGUCCCACUUGUGUGUACUCUGCUGUGAAAGGAAUACAGAAGGUUCUGGGCAAACCUCUUCCAUUUAAGGCGGAGUCUGUUGCCGAGUGCGCCUCUCAGCUGAGGGUCCUGAGCAGCUUGCUGGAUGUGUGCCGUCUCAGGCCGGAGCGGACCGGAUCCCAGUGGAGCCAGGAGAUCCGCAGGCUGGAAGAAGCAGCUAUGGGCUUGAGCACCAAGAAAGGCCUUCUGGAAGCCUGGGGCCUGGUUCUGCAAUCCAACCAUCGCCCAGAGCCCCACUGCACGGAAAUUUCAGAGGUGCUCAGGUCCUCUGUGGAGCUCCGGCAGUCAGAAAUGACCUCGACGGGCCUGAUCGUCUCCCACUCAAGCCAGAAACAGGACGGGGGCGUCGGGGACCCCCGCCCGGCCAGCGAGGCUUCCCUCCGGCAGCUCUGCCGAAGGACGCAGCUGUGGCCUCUGCUGGAGCACCUGGCCGUCCUGAGUCAGUACCGGCUGACGGCGGACCUGCUGGACCUGUCUGCCCCGCAGGGGGAGAGUAACCUUGCCGUUCCCUUGAAGAAUCAUCUUUCUCAGCACAUAAACUUCUGUUUGCACUCCACACCUAUGAAUGUGAAGCAGCUCCAGGGACUCUGGUUUUUACUGAACAGUGAUAAGCCGGCGGAGGAGCUCCAGUUCCUUCGCUGCGAGCUGCUGUCCGAGGCCUUGGCAGUGUUCUGGAGCAGCGCCGUGACCUCUGACCCCGAGCACUGGCUGGCGUGGGACCCCCUGACCUCCAAGGAGGAGCAGAAGCCGCCGCCGACGCUGCUGAGCACAGCAGACAAGGGUCCUGGCCUGAUGAGCAGAGCAGUGUGGUCCAAGUGUCUGUUUGAGAUCCUGACCAGCUGCGAGACGGCCGCUCGCUGGGAGCCCACCGGCACUGAGGUGCUCUCCUGCUCCCGCGUGACUCUGGGAGAGUGGAAGGAGCGGACGAGGCAGCUGCAGGACAUCGGCACGCUCCUGUGGACCAACAUGGCCUCCGCCUCCGUGGCAGACUUCAGGACCACAGACUGCCGGCUUCAGGGGCUGGUGCUGCAGAGGCAGUUGCAGGCUCUGGCAGGGCUCCUCUCUCCGGACCUCCAGGAGGGCUUUCUGCAGAGCUGUAAGGGCCUGGCCGAGACGGGAGAUGCCGCGGCAGUGGACGCGGUGCAGUCGGUGCUCGGCGCCGCCUUUCCUUCGGACCUGCUUCCUGAAGGCUUUGUUGCCACCGUGACAACGUGCCUGCAGCAGUUCGGUCAGGGCAGGCUGUCCGACGGCGAGCUGCCCCCCUUGGCCCGGUCCGCUGUGUUCUGGGUCAACAUGGGCCUGUUGCAGGUCCAGGUCUGGACACCCCAGACCAUCUUUGACCCUGCUGUGAAAAGAGCGUACAAGCUCACUUACGCCCAGGAGGAGCUGCGCUCGCUGCAGGAAGAGUGGAGAGCUCGCAGCCUGUCCGCCCAGCUGCUGUCCGGGUCUUCGCUGGGAGAGAAGGACAUCUCUCACAGUUACCAUCACCCCCGUAUCAGGUUCCUCUGGUCCAGGAUGCGGCAGCUGGAAGACCAGAUUGCCCAGCUGUCUCGGAAGCAGGCUUGCCGCCCCAAGGAGCCCCUGUACAAGCGGCUCUUCCAGGACGUGCAGCACUACGUCGGCAGCAUCGCGCAGCCCGCCCGCGUCCAGGGCCUGCUCUCGCGCCUGCUGCGGGCGCUCCGGCCCCCCAGGCCCGGGGCCGGCGUGCGGGGCCUGCUGAAUGAGGAGGCCGCCUGGCAGUCCUCCCAGCAGCACUUCGUCAGGAAGCUGGGGGAGGAGUACGCCCUCUACCCCGAUGUGCUGGGCCCGCUGCGGGCAGCCGUCCUGCAGAUGCAGCACGGCAUGAGGCUGCUGGCCUCCGAGCUGUCGGCCUCGCUGGCCCCGCUGCCCGGCCUGCCGAAGCUCGUCUCUUGCCUCUCGGCUUCCCCCUCCCUCUCUGCUGGCCUUCCCUCCUACCUGGCCCGCGCCGACUACCUCUGCUCUCGGCCCUGCCUGGACGCGCUCCGGGGUCUUGAGAAACUCCUUCCUCCGCAAGACAGCCGGAGGCUGAUCCCCGGACCGUCGGCUCUGCUGGCGAAUGCCCUUCUCUACCUGCAGUGCCACACGCUGUCUCAGGGCCUGAUGGAAGAGGACACCGUGGGACUCUUCCGACAUGUCUGCCAGGCCGUCGUCAACGAGUGGGACGAGCAGGAGCGGCGCGCGCGGGAGCGAGAGCGGGAGGAGGCCAGCCUGUACCGCGCCCGCAGCCACGGGCCCGGAGCCGGCGAGGAGGAGCAGGAGGAGAGGGCCUUCCGGCGCUCCUUUCCCCAGUACGGCAAGGAUUUCGCAGACAUCACAUCGGAGCCCAGCCUCGAGCAGGAUGCCGCCAUGGCGGAGGAAGAGAAUACAGAGAGCGAGCUGGCAGACAGCGGCUCUGUCUCUCAGAGCUGCAUGAACAUGGUGGUGCAGGUUCAUCAGCAGCUGUGCCUGGGAUUCUCUCGCUCACUGUGGUAUCAACCCCACCUGCCAGCCAGUUAUGAAAAAGACCUUCUCCGCGCUCUUGUGUCAUCCUAUCAGAUCGCAGCCCCCUUGAUAACGCGCUUCUAUCACUUGAUUGGCUCGGAUGUGAAUGCGCAGCUGAUGGGGAGCCACCUCCUGCUGGGCUCGCUCCUUCUGAACGCAGUCAGAGGUGGGGGGCAGCCUGACCUACAGCUGGAAUCCAGGGGGCCCUACGACUUCUACCAGCACCCCAACACGGCCGAGGCGCGGCAGUGCCUGCCCGUCCUGGAGGGGCUCGGCCAGGCGGUCAAGCAACGGCUGGAGGACUGGCCUGAGCACCCCGCGCUCGUGCAGCUCUUGGUUGUGAUGGAGCGGAUCCUGGGAUUCAGCCUAUCGAGCCCGCUGGCCAAGUUCCUGAAUGGCCUAGAGAUUCUGCUAGCUAAAGCACAGGACUGGGAGAGCAACGCCAGCCGGUCUGUGUCUUUGAGGAAGGAGCUGGAAGCCGUGACGCGGCUCGUCAUACAGUGGCGCAGACUGGAACUGAACUGUUGGUCCAGCAGCCUCGACAACGCACUGAAGCGCCACGCGGAAAAGUCCACCCAGCGCUGGUUCUCCAUUUACCAGCUGGUGGAGAAGCACCUGCAGGACCACAGACAGGGCGGCAUGGCUGAUGGAGAUGCAGAGGGGGCGUCCUCUCUGUCCUCGGUGUCCACCACGCUGCAGGCCUUCAUAGAGGGAGCCUCACUGGGGGAGUUCCACACCCGCCUGGACAUGCUGCUGGCCUUCCAUUGCCACGUGCUUCUCGCCCCUCAGCAGGAGGAGAAAGAAUCCCUGUGUAGCCUCUUGUGGAACUUAUACAACUACUACAAGCAGUUUUCUGAGAGUGUUCAGACAAAAAUCAGUGAACUCCGUCAUCCCAUUGAAAAGGAAUUGAAGGACUUUGUGAAAAUCUCCAGGUGGAAUGACGUUAGUUUCUGGUCAAUCAAGCAGUCGGUGGAAAAGACUCACCGAACCCUUUUUAAAUUUGUGAAGAAGUUCGAGGCGGCUCUGAGCGGUCCGUGCUGCCCUGCCCUGACAGAGCAGGGGAGCAGUGCAGAUCUGGACUGUGUGGAUAGUCAGUCAGAGGACACGCCCAUCCACAGGCUCCACAGAGCCCUGCAGAGGGUCAUCCCAGGGAGAGGAAAAAUAUCCAAGGCUGAAGUCCCCCAGGAAGGACCCACCCCACUGGACCCCUCAUCCCUGCAAGUCCGCCUGCCCUUCCUCACGGGGAAGAUGAAGAAGAUGUGUGUCAACCUGGUCAAGAAGAGUCCGUUGCCAGAGUUAACAGAGGAGCUGGAUCAGUUUACUGCUGAAGUCAUAACAUCAGUGCACGAGCUCCAGAAGCUCACUGUGACCCCAUCAGCAGAAAAGGAGAAGCAGAAGUCAGAGGUCAAGCAUAUCCUUCAGCACAAACAGAGAGCCCUCUCGGAUUUGUUUAAGAUGCUGGCUCAGAUUGGCUUGUCGUACCGGAAAGGAGUGACCUGGAGGCGAGUAGCUGACCCCGUGGAGACUCUGUGCCUGGAGCCCCUGGAUUUGAGAAGUGCCCUAUCUGUGGUGAAGGCUGCAGACAAGCAGGAGAGCACGCUGUUGGCGGAAAUGACUGCGGCGUGGGAAGGCUGUCAGAAGUAUUUCUACAGGUCCCAGGCCCGCCUGGCCGCGCUUCACACUGCUCUCCAGACUCCCGCCAAGGAGCUGGGCCUGGGCAGCGUGGAGCGCUGUAAGGGAUUCUCAGCUCAUCUGCUCAAGCUGCUGAUCAGACAGAGGAAGAGGCUGGCAAGACUUACACAGAACUGGGUCCACCUUAGAAAACUGCUGAGCUGUAUCCAGGAGAUCCAGUCGGGCACGAGCCAGCCCGUGGGGGCGGACUGCGUGCUGCCGCCUCAGGAACCGCUGCUCCAGUGGACCCGCCGGAGCCAGGCUCUUGCGGCGCAGUGUGUUCUGGUGCUGGAGCAGCUGUCCUUGACCCUGCGGUGCUGCCCGGAGGAGAAGCCCUCUGCCCUUGCCCUAGCUGAAGGUGCGCAGGUCAUUGAAGCGCCCGCGGGCAGAGGGAGCCCCGAGAUCGAUCCUGCAGUGGGGUGCCCCUCUCCCCUGGCCGCGGACAGCUUGCCAGCUGGAUGCCGCAUGAGGAGAGCUGACCCUGCCUGGACAGAGCUGACUGCCCGAGUGACGAGGAUGCUGGCUGAAACAAAGGCACUAAAGGCCAAGCUCGAUGAGCUCAACCCCUGGCCUACAGAAGGGAAGUUGCAGAGCUGGAGCCACUUUUCGGCGUGCUGCUCGGGGCUCAGUCAGCUUGGAGGUGUGGCUGCUCAGCUGUUGCCCGUGGAGAAGCUCUUUAACCCAGCUCCUGCGGCCCAGACUGCCAACCAGGCCCAACCAGCCUUGUCGCAGAGCCUGCAGUACCUCAGACUUGAGGUGGAAAACAGCCUGACAGAAUUCACCUCCUGGAAGACACAGCUGCUCACUCUGGGCAGUACUGAGAGCGAUUUCCCCAACACGUUCCCAGUUGACUUUUCAGAGCAGCUGGAAAAUGGCAUCAGCUCCGUGCUGUGUGCAGUUCAGAGCCUGGUGAAGAGAAGACAAGAGAGUGAUGAUGGGAAGGGACAGCAGCGAGAUGAGGCCUCGCACGAAAAUGAGAAAGAACAAGGAGAGGAUUUGCUCAAGGCUGGACAUUUGACCAAACUGCUGGAGGACGAACUGUCGAUGGACGUGGCGUCUCUUUCCCUGCAAAAGGUCACUGGUUCAGUGGAGCAGCUACUUGAGAUGCUCAGAUCACAUCGGGACUUGUGUUCCUCACAUCAGUACCGGGAGGUGGCCGGGGCCAUGGGGAGCCUGCUGCGCGUGCAGCCGAUGCUGGCGGUGUACUCCGAGCUGGUGCGCCACUACCUCGCGGUCUCGCUGGGGGCUCACCGGAGCACCGGGAAGCUGCUGGCGGUGCUGGCCAGCGUCUUCACCAGUCUCGCGCUGAAGGGCUUCUGCCUUCCCCAGGAGCUGAUGGACGACGGGUCAGGGGAGGGAGCCCCACAGUUCCAUGACUACGAGGGAGGAGGGAUCGGGGAAGGAGAGGGCGCGAAGGACAUCAGCGACAAGAUAGAGAACGAAGAGCAGGUGGAGGACACAUUCCAGGAAGGGCAGGAGAAGAAGGAAGAAGACCAGGACAGGGCAGAUAUCAAAGAGGAAGACAAUGCCAUUGAGAUGUCCGAGGACUUUGAUGGAAAAUUACAUGAUGGAGACCGCAAAGAGCCAGGGGAGGAGGAAGAGGAGGAGUCCGAGGGGGAGGACGAAGAGGACCUCGAUAAGAAGAUGGGGGACCUUGGGGAGGGGGAAGCAGACAAACUGGAUGAACGGCUGUGGGGAGACGAAGACGAUGACGAUGAAGACCAAGAUGGCAGCGACAAGGAAGAGGAGUUUGGACAAGGAAUGGAUGAGGGGCAGUCUGAGCUCGUGGCAAAGGAUGACAACAUGGACGCUGGACAAGACAAGGAUGACAAGAAAAAGCAGGAAAAGGAGGAGGAGGAACAAGCAGACAACAAGGAAGGAAAAGAGAAGAUCCACGAGCAGCUUGAUGAGCGGGAGUACGACGAGAACGAGGUGGACCCUUACCACGGCCAGCAGGACAAGCAGCCGGACACCGAGGCCAUGAACCUCCCCGAGGAGCUCAACCUUGACCAGGAGGAGGACGAGAAGCCCGGAGAGGAGCAGGAGCAGGGCGAAGAAGACAAUCCAUUUGAUAUAGAGGAGAAACCCAUGGAGUUGGAGGAGAAGGAAGGGGCUGUGGAGGAGCAGGAGGGAGAGGAGCCCCAGGAGGCCCAGGGAGAGGAGCCACAGAAGGAAGCGGAGGAGGACAUGGAGGAGGGGGAAAAGAAGGAGGAAGACCAAGAGCCUGAAAGAGAGGCUGCUGCAGAGCCAGAUGAGGAGCACGUUGGAGAGGAGGAGAAAGAGAAGGAGAGCGAUGCUGGCCAGGAGGAUGAAAAGGGAGACCCUGCUGCUCAAGGCCAGCAGCCCAAGGGGGAAGAGGAGGAGGCCGCUAAGGAGGAUGAGGAGCAAGACCUGCCCGAGUCUGCAGAGAGGAAGGAGCACGAUGCAGAUGGGCAAACCGGCGAGGAGAACGUGCAGAGUGACACUGCUGUAGAGCUGGCUGGAGCUGCUUCUGAGAGAGACCAGGCUAAGGAGGAGCAUGGCAGUGGGGCUGCCGAUGCGAGCCAGUCAGAAGGUCAUGAAUCCAAGCUGAUGGCCAGAGUCUCUUCCAUUAAACAGAGCAGGAGCAAGACGGAGAGUUUCAAGCGGAAGCCGGGGAGGGCGGACAACGAGAGGUCCACAGGAGACCGCAACGAGCGGGUCCACAAGAGGCUGCGCACGGUGGAGGCCAGCGCGGAGCGGGAGGAGAAGAGCGCUCCGCCCGAGGGCCAGGAGGAGGCUGACGUGUACGAGCACAUCAGACAAGGAGAGCAGGCCUACGACGCACAGACCUACGAUGUUGCCAGUACUGAACAACAGAAAGCUGAAGGAGCCAGCCAGGAGCCAGAGCAGGAGGAGGACGAUGUUGCCAUGGAAACGGAGCAAGAGGAGGAGCAUCUUCAAGAAGUGAACGCCCAGGAACUCAAGCCAGAACAGAACCGCUCCACCUCUACUAGACCACAGGGUGUGGAAAGUGGAGAGCUGGAGAACCAGCCCUUGGGAGAUGAAGAUGAAGAAGAGACCAUGAAGACUGAGGACUCCCAAGAAGACAAGUCGGAGGUCCUGCCAGAUAGAAGCUCUGAGUCCACGGUGCACACUGUCCCCGAGCUCCUGGAAGACCAACUGCAGACUGAGGUGAGGGACCCCGAAGAGCUGAGGAAACAGCUGGAACAGCAGCUGGACGCCUGGCAGAAACUGCCUCCUGGAACCCAGGAUGAGGAGCGCGCCGCGGCCGAGAUGUGGCAGCAGUAUCAGGCGUUGACCUCCCCCCUGUCCCAGCAGCUGUGCGAGCAGCUGCGCCUCAUCCUGGAGCCCACGAGGGCCGCCAAGCUCAAGGGAGAUUUCCGGACGGGGAAGCGAUUGAACAUGCGCAAAGUUAUUCCGUACAUUGCCAGUCAGUUCCGGAAGGAUAAAAUCUGGCUGAGGAGAACCAAGCCCAGCAAAAGGGAGUACCAGAUUUGCUUGGCCAUCGAUGACUCUUCAAGUAUGAUAGAUAACCAUACGAAACAGCUGGCGUUCGAGUCCCUCUCGGUGAUCGGGAAUGCUCUCACUCUCCUCGAAGUCGGACAGGUGUCUGUGUGCAGUUUUGGAGAGACCGUACAGCUGUUGCACCCAUUCCAUGAACAGUUCAGUGAUCAGUCUGGAGCCCGAAUACUGAGACUCUGCAAGUUUGAGCAGAAGAAGACAAGAAUAGCCCAGUUCUUGGAAACCUCAGCCAACAUGUUUGUUUCAGCCCGGCAACAAUCCCAAAACAGCAGUAACUCAGAGACGGCCCAGUUGCUGCUGAUCGUGUCGGACGGAAGGGGCCUAUUCCUUGAGGGGAAGGAGCGCGUGAUGGCCGCAGUGCAGGCGGCUCGCACUGCCAACGUCUUCGUGAUUUUCGUGGUGCUCGACAAUCCCAACUCCAGGGACUCGGUACUGGAUAUUAAAGUACCCAUCUUCAAAGGCCCAGGAGAAAUGCCCGAGAUCCGCUCCUACAUGGAGGAGUUUCCUUUCCCUUUCUACAUCAUCCUCCGAGACGUGAAUGCGCUCCCAGAGACGCUGAGCGAUGCCCUGCGGCAGUGGUUCGAGUUGGUCACCACCACAGAUCAGUAGCCUCUUCAUAAACCGUGUGGGCCUUCUGUGCAUCUGGGCGGCUGCUCUCCUUCAGUAGCAAAGUCCUGGUACAUCUGCUGCUUAUGUGCCCUUUGAGGUGUUCACGAACGAGCUCAACUUCUGUUCACUACCGCCGAUCUUCUGCCUUUUCACUUUCCUUCAAAUGCAUCGGAAAGGCAGAUGCAUCAGUCUGGGCGUCGUUACAGUUUUAGCUCUUCCCAGGGGAUUUGAAAAAUGCAAUUCCCACAACCAUGCAAUUGUCACUAUUCCCUACACAGCAAAAUCUAGUAUUUUCUUUAACAGUAAGAUGUUUGUGAAUCAGGUUACAUAGUACUAGAAAGCAAGUGCCUUGUCACCUCAAAGGUGUGUUGUUCCUUACAGUGCAACAAUAAGUUCAAUAAAGGCAAAGCAUGACAUAAAAAAAUCAGCACGUCUGAAGGAACAGGAACAUGAUCUGCGUUUGUGAGACUAUUGUACAGAAAUGCAAUGUAUUACCUCUAUUGUAUGUGUUUUGCAAAUAAUGGAAGUGCAAAUAGAUAAUGUAUUCAUGCAGUCUGCAUUAGCAGCAGUUAUAUUCAUGUUUGUAAUCAGCAUUACUGUUGGUAAUGCAGAAUGUGAAACCAGAUGGAGUUAAAAUGCACAAGAGGUUUUAAGUACAAGUUGCUCUUCAAUUCUGAUGGGAAAAUGUCACUGUUUACCUUAAUCAAAUUGCAAUGCUGUGCCUUCAUUUAUUUCCACGCAAGAGUAAUGUGAAAUAACUUGGAUUUUCUGUUGCUGUUUAAUAAUGAACAUUUAAUUUGCCUUGAAUAAUGAUAGCAGUAAUUACCAAAGCACCUAAGAAAGGUUAGCAAAUGAGCAGAAUUCAUACUUUAACCAGAUCAACAUUUAUUUUCAAAAUACAGUAACUGUAGUGCUGGAUAUCAUUAUUCAAAACCUAAUUUAAAAGGUUGAACUAUGUUUUGUCAUUUUUUUUAGUAUGCAAACUGUAUAUUGCUCAGGUCAGCAGGAGAAUAGCAAGGUGACAUUGCAAUACCGUGAGCACACUAACCAUUAGUGUGUACCCUUAUCAAAGACUGCUUCAUAGCAUGCUUUAUGGGACAAAACAUUCGUCAAGAUUAUAAUAAAAUAUUUCAAUGAG